UUUCGAUAUGGAGAAAGAGAUUAGUGAGAUGACAACAGGGGAAGUUAUGAAAAUGCUGUGCAGCGAAAUAGAUGUUUACGACAAAGUUGAGCAAAAUCUUCGCCGCCUCAUACUAGAAGAAAAACCGGAAGCCAUUCUUCCCAUGCUUUCUCGUGAGAUAGAGGAAACGACAGCUUCAGGAUCCUCGCAGUAUAUGCCAUCAUGUAUAGAGGAAUUCAUGAAGAGUGGUACACAUUUGAAUGACAAACAGGAGGAAUCAGAAGCAUCAGAGGUGGAUGAAGUAGCUGGAUGAAAUUUAAGCUCAUAUCUGUCAUUUGCGCAAUUUUACGAUAAAGUGUCC